UCGAGCGAGUUGGAGCGAGUCGAGUCAGUCAGUGCACGCUGGUCGCUCAGCCGGUUCAGUUCGCGCGCGAGCGCGAGUGUGCAGCGCGAGGAGAUAUAUACGUAAGGCCGGCAUACGCGGGGAUACGGGCUACGACGCUAUCCGAAGAUCCAGCAGCUGCCGCUCUCGCGAGCCGAGUGUCGAGAGUGUCGAGUGUGUGUCGGUUGACGUUUCGCCCCGUGAGAAACCCGUUGCCGCUCUGCGCGCGCCCGCGCGCGCGUGUGUGCGCGGUGGUGGUAUGCGGGCAGCCCCGUUGGCUGGCUGGCUGGUUAGUCGGUUGGUCGGCUGGCUGGUUGGUGCUUCGGCGCUUCGGGAUUCAUCCUCUCACGUGCGUACCUGCGUGCACGCGCCCGCGCGACCGCGCGCGCAUCCCCCGUCCUCAUCCCCGUCGCCGCGUGUGCUCUCUGCGUGUGCGCGUGAGUGUGUGAGUUUGAAAAUUUGAAAAGCGACGUGCGCGAGUGCAGCGGGCAGCCGCAGGUGCCGCGGAAAGAAAAAGAGCGCGGUGGAGAGAAGGACGAGGAGGAGGAGAAGAGGCGCGCCGCAGGAUUCCUCCGUCGUCUCGCGGAAGAGGAUUCACGUGGCGGCGGAUUUACGCGAUCUCCUUCCUCGUCGCCGUCAUCGUCGUCGUCGUUGUCGGAAACGCCGACGGUCUACAGCCCAGCGGAAUGUGGCACGAGAGGCACCGCCGGCACCAUCUCGGAAGCCAUGCCGGCUGACGAGCUCGUGCGUACCCGACGAGAAGACGGUGGUAGAAAAUCGAGCUUGCAGCCGCCUUAACCGAUCGACCGAUUGCGUCGUCGUUGAUAAAGAAAAGAAGAGAGAGAGAGAGAGAGAAAGAGAGGCCCCUCGCAGAUCGACCCGAUCAUGCCCUUAGCGAACCCGUUCCGCUGCAACCCGCUGUCGUCGCAUAGUUCCACGCUGUGAACUCGAUAUGUGAGAGUCGCCGCCGCCGCCGCCGCCGUCUGGUGGAUGCCGUCGCCAUGGUGGAGCAACUGGUGUGCAGCAACUCGCUGAGUCCGGGAACGUAGCGCUCGAACAAGCGUAUUGGUUCACGCGUAUUCCCCCUAGCUUUAAUGAACUCUGAAUCGCGAUUGGGACGAACGAGAGAUACCCCCUGCUUGAAGACCGGCAGAUGUGCCUUUACGUAUAUUUAGGAUAAAGAUCGGACGAAUUUGAAAAGUGAUUUUUUUUUAAUACGACAGUUUUGGUGACGAAGAUGAAAUCAUUUGAAAUUGUGCGAAGUUCGAAAUCGAUGGAUAAUUAAUUCGCGGUUGACUUAGUGCGGCUCGUAGAGAAAUUUAAUCGUUGCGAAACAUUCUGCGCGUCGUGACUACAAAAAAGAAGUAAUAUAUCUUUCAAUACGGAGAAUCUAAAUUGAAGAGAAUUGAACUUAAGUGUUAUGUGACUUGGAAGCUCGACAAACAAUUAGUUUCAUCGUGAUGAAGGGAAAAGUGACGUCCUCUAAUACGACGAGUUUAGCCUGAGGAAGAACAAAGUUGACAUCUACGUGCUAUGACACGGUGGAUUCGGUGCAAUUCAGUACUCUGUUCCGUCACGAGAUCACCAUGUGAGGAUCACGGUGUCAGAGGAAAAGAGAACAAGUGGUCUCACUUCGCGUGACACCAGCGUGUCGAGUAAUGCUGAAGCACAUUCUGACGGGGCAGCCGUCGUCAACGGGCUCCAGGCAUCAUCACAAUGAUUAUCAGACGAGCUCGGGCUCGUUGCACGGCGAGCACCACCAUCACCACUUGCACAACAGCUCCCUACACCAAGAUCAGCAGCAACAGCAGCAGCAGCAGCAGCCGCAACAACCGCAGCCGCAGCAGCAACAGUCGCAACCGCAGCAUCUUCAUCAUCAUCAUUUCACCGGAAGCACCGGGCCACGCGGCGGCCUCACCAGGCAUCGCGGUAACAACGGCGGGGUCGACGUGUACGAUUCCGUGGCGAGACCGACAGCGACGGCGAUGUCGAAUGUGCACCAAUCGGCGACGACCCCCUCGUCGACGCAUCGGCAUCCGCUGAAUCAGUCUCAGCUGAGCGUCAACAACCUGUCGCAACGCUUGAACCUGAACCAUUCGCACGCGCUCAACGUGUCGACUCUGUCGACCUCCAAGCACUCGGUCAACAGCGUCAGUCCGGUCGGCGGCGUUAACGGCAACAACGGUGGCGGUAAUAACAAUAACAACAACCAUAAUGUCUCGGCGAGUCAGCUGGGCCACACCGUGAUCUCGCAAACGAGCGUCCUGCAUCAGGACAGGCCAAAGGCGAACGGCGGCUUCGACAUCUCCAGGCUGUCGCGGCUGCCGAGUCAGACGACGCCGUCACCCGCGCCAGCCACAUCCGCGCUUCCUGUCGUGGCCGGGCAAGUGGCUGGCGGGCCGACGGUGAUACCCCUCAAUGCUUCCUGGUCUUCGUCCCUGUCCAGGAAUCUUCAUCGUAGUGACGAGGCUGGCGUCAAGGAAAUGCUGACGAGCCUCGGAUUGCUCUGUCUGGUGUCCCUACUCUUAGCUCUGCUCUCGGUCAUCUUCCUGCUGAAGAUCUCGCCGCUCACGGUCACGUCCAACAGCCUUAUCAGCCCGGAGGAGUUCGUGAUCGUCUACGAGGUCACCCUAGCGCUGUGCGCCCUCGCCCUAUCCCUCAAUCUCUGUUGCCUGCUGGUCUGCGCCAUACAGUUCCUUUUCGCGGUGAAACUUGUCAAGACCUCGUACCAAGGUCAUCGGAGUAACAAGUACCUGCAAAAAUCCUCCAUCAGCCGCGUGUGCGCCGUCGGAGGUUUUUUCAUUAGCAUCCCUGUCUUCUUAACUGGUAUGAUCCUGUACACGUUCAUCCAGUUCCAUUCGACACCGGCGAUCGUCACGUCGGUCUUCAUCGGCCUCGGCAUCGUGUUCUGCGGAUGCGCCAUGGUCCACAACGUCUUCGUAUGGCAGAAAGAGAAGACGAAUGCGGUAAAGGCGUUUGCCCGCGAGCAGUGUGAGGUCGCGGCGCAGUUGCAGCGUCAACAGCAGCAGCUGCAGCAUCAACAGCCGCAUCAACAGGUACACUCCCAACACCAGCAUCAUCAUCAGCAGCAGCAUCACUACCAUCAGCAGCUACAACUGCGGCCGACGCUGCACAUGGGUUCGAAGAUCGGUAGUGGCAGCGGCGGUCCGAUGGGUCAUUCGACCGUCAGUCUGGCCCAACUCGGCCGCGGCCUUCACUCCUCUUUUCAGCAUCACCCUCAUCAGCAUCAUUCUCAUCAGCAGCGGCACGUGUCGCCGCCGUUGUUACUGUCGUCGCCGCAUGCCGCGCCGCAACACAACCACUUGACGCAUCGCGGUGGUAUCACCGCUGCCGCCGCCGCCGCUGCCGCUGUCGCCGUCACCGCCACACCACCAACGACGCCGGGCGACCGAUCGCCACCGAGUCCCAACGGCGGCGGCGGUGGCGGCGGCAGCGGCAAGCUCAACAGGUCGCAGCACUUGCCGCGCGAGACCAGCGGCAGCGUGAGCCCCGGCCUGCCGGCGGCCACGCUUGAUUUGAGUAGUGCCGCUACUACCAACAGUCCGCACGAAUUGUCGACUCUCGUUUAAAGAUUUUGAUGGGAUAAUGGAAGAAGUUCCAGGAUUUCAGGUUCCAAAGAUCUAUACGGAGACGUAUUCUUUGACCAGUAGAAGAGAUUAUCUCCCGGAUUGUCUUAAGAUUUAUAAUAGAUCUGAUCAAUUAUUUAGAAACAAAUUCUUCAACAGACAUUGUCUAAAAGAUGGGACCAAAAAUUGUUAAGGCUGUCGCUGUUUGUCUCAUUUUGUUAUUAUUGCGUCAUAUGUAACAUUAUCGGCAUUUUAUCGCGCAAUUAACAGCGUCAUCAUUGCGUCACAUAGUAUUUAUCUUUUAUUAUGCAAUAUUUCUGAAUACUAUCGCAAAGGCCGAUAAAAUGUUAUCCAGGAUAUUCCGUGUCACUUUGAUAAUGAUGAAUUACGAAUCUUUUGCCUAUCUAUAUAUGUAAUAUUUAUGAUCCUUUAUUGAAAGAUUAUCGAGAAAACAUUGUUCAGAUUCGCUGAUAAAUAAUUCAUUAAGAAGCUAACAAAAGAAUAGCUCAUAAACUUUUACGUACAAUUUGUUGACAGCCUCAAUAAAAGCAUGAAACAAGGUGUGACCGCGACAAUAUAUUUUUUUUAUUUAUUUUUUAUUAACCGAUAUUUGAUAUAAUUUUCAUUUUUAACUAUAACUUUAAUGAAGAGAGUAGAGAGACGAUUUAACCGAUAUCAAUAGUCACUGUAGAGCUGUGCAGAAUGAUGCAAAAUAACGUUUUCUUAACCGCUUUUAUAAUCGCUUUGAAUAAAGUAUUUCAAGAAUGUCAGUUUUAUUAGAAUUUACUGCUGAUAACAUUUCAACAUCUUUGUUUGUCUAUUCUCCAUACUAUUCCAGCAAUUAUCGACAACCUUGGAAUUUAAACUCAAAGCCACUGAUCAUGUUUAUGGCCUGGGCUAUUAUACCAGCAUUACUCGAGUCAUGAGGUUUUUUGUUUCUCUCUCUCUCUCUCUUUUGCCGGGGUACAUAGUUCUCUUGUAAAGUCAGAAUCUGAACUGUCUUGAUCCUGCUAGUAUUGUAACUAACAUGAUUUAAUGACGGGUCGAUAGUGCUAGUUCUUGGUCUUGAUGAGCUGCAUAUUUUUUUUCUACCAAUUAUAAUUUUCUCAGGCAGGUUUCGUCUGUUUGAUUUUUCAACUAAUGCAUUAGGGGAAUACAUUUAUAUAUUUGUGUGUAUGCAUGUGUGUAUGUAUGUAUAUACACACAUACUUAUUGUACAUAAUGCUCUCGGAAAAAUUUCACACCACGUGUGCAAUGUGUGAAUCAUUUUGAUUCCUCGAACGAAACUUGCCGAUUUAUGCUUUAUUUACAACUGAUAAAUCCUAUCGCCAAGAGCAACAGGUUCCUGUUGCGCAACGCCAGCAAAACAAGAAUUCCUCAUCUAUCGAAUGCGUGUUGCAUUUUGCACUUCGUGAGUACUCUCUAGUGUCUGUUAUGACACUUUCGGAAUAUCGAGUAACCAGAAAAAUUCGUGCAGUUUCCAAUGUCGAUAAUAAAACACUAAUAUUUUUUUUUAUGUCAAAUACAUUUAAAAAUGUUACAUGUUCUUGAAUAUCGUUGUAAUAGCGUGAUAGCAAUGAUUUUAUGCUUAUUAGAAUAAUUCAUUUUAAAAAAAUUGUUGGAAAUUGAAUCUUUAACGCUUAUCGAGUUCCGAUUAUCGAUUAUGAUUAUUGACAUGUACUUUAAUAAUAUAUAUACAACAAUGUGCGUACUUUCGAAGCCUUAGAGAUCCCGAUGAAAUGAGAGGUUGGCACGAAUGUGAAUCUUGCCAUGUUUUCACGUAUUAUUAUUAUUAUUAUUAUAUUAUUAUUAUUUGUACUUAUCUUGCAGAAUCUCUAGUCCUAGAUUAUUUUCGUUCACAGGUAUGUGUGUGAAAGCAUAAAGCAUUUUAGAAUUCCAGAUUUUUGUAUAGUUGUGACGUUGAUUGAGACAAUUCAAUAAGGUGCAGGAAAUUUAUGAACUCGACGAAAUAGCGGAAUCAACUUUACAUUUUUACAAUAUAAAUAUUAGAAAUCAAUUAAACUUUAACAUUAAAGAAACGAAAAAUUUGAUCAGUUGCCCGACUUCUUUGCACUUUUAAUAUAAUAUAUGUGAUAUGUGAUAAGAUCUGUUCGUGUUGCUUGCAUUUUCUGUACUCAGUAUUUUUACUUUUGUCCUUCAACGCCCAAAUAUAUAUUUAUUUCAUUUUAAGUGCAAAAAUUUUUGAGAAUCUUAAGCAAUGCGAAUAAAUCCAUAUGACAAUUCUAUUUUGUUCUGUCCGCAUAUUUAUUAAUCUACCAAAAUGAAAAGAAAGAACGAGUUCUUUAAAUUUCCAACCUUUAAGAGUGUGUUGUACAAUUAUAAAUCAAAUAUUUUGUUUUCUUUAUACAUCAUACGUUUUAAUACUUAAAGUUAUUAAGUUAUGAAACCGCUAUAGGUUUAUAUAUUUAAGUGCAUUUAAAAUUAGAUUUAUAAUUUUAUAUUGUUACUGCGUGUCAUGAAGGAUUCAUACAUACACAUAUUAAAAGAGAAUGUAGUUCCAGUACUUAAAAAUCAUUGUAGAAUAUUUAUGAGAACGGAAGAUAUUUUUUUGUGUCAUAAGUUUGUUCUCUUUGCAAUCAUUGAAACGAUACUUGACGUCAAAUUUUCGCACUUAUUAAAUACAAUAACAUAUCGAAUCAUUUCAUCUAAUUUAUUAAUAGUAUGAAAUAUCUUCCUGACCAUAAAAAUAAAACAUUCGCGGUAUUUAGAGUAGUUGGAAUCCAACUUCCAGUACAACUAAAAAAAAAGAGAAAGCAUAGACAGUUUAUCGUCGUUUAUGGUGUGUUGCAUAGAACCGUAAUACAAAUCAUGUGGUAACAACUUAUGUAAAGACACGCCAUAAUACAUGGACAUGACAUACCGUUAUAUCACUAAUACGGUAAAAGUUCCAUAUUCGCAAGGAUUACGUAUUCUGUAAAAUUAACGCGUGCAUUCUUUCUUUGCGUAAUCACGGCCAAAUACGAAAUACUUGAAUAACACGAAUAUGCAAAAAAAAAAAUGGAAAAGUCAAGAUUAGGUAUAAAAAUAAAGAAAUAGAAAACGCGUUUUUUCCUUUAUUUUUCAGAUAUCUUUCAUUAAUUUUAUUUUAAAACAAAAAUCAUAGAGGUUCUUACACUUAUCCAAAACAAAAAUGUUAAAAAUAAAAUUCUUUAUUAUUUCUCUAUUAUUUCACGAAUAUCUUUAUCGAAUUUUUUUUAAGAAUAAGUGAAUUUCGAAACCGCGAAGCUGACAACGAAAAAUAAAACACGAUUAAAAUGAAAAAUGUGCGAAAAUGGAGCUUCUACUCUAUUCUACAGGUUUGUGAAUUUAUUCACAGUUUCAUUGAACAUUUAAAUUAAAAAAUGAUUUGAAAUCUUUUAUUAUCCUUUUCUAUCUUUAAAUUUUUUAUUUGUACGUUAUUUUAUAUUUAAUUCCGUAUAAUCAUUGAACAAAUUUAUUUUAAAAAAUAUAUCAACUUUCGCGACUUGUAUCUGGCUUCAUGAAUUGAAUUAGAAAUUCGUCAACAGAACAAGAUUCGUAAUCAACUUUCACUACUUUGAUAUUUAAAUGAACCAAGAGACAAGUCGAUAAAAUAUAUAUGUAUAUAAUGCAAGAAUAUACAUGAGAUAUAUUCUAGAGAUGUAAUUUAAACGGGCAGGGUAAGAAAUUGAAAAUAUUGUAAAUUACAUAGUAGCGUACGCAUGUAUACACUUCACCGCGUUUUGUAAGUAGUAUAGUAAUAAUGCAUUUAUAAGUAGUGAAGCAUGUAACUUAAUCAUGUGAGUAAGUUAUUUGUUGGGUUCAUAUAUAACGCACAUAGUACAAAAGUGUUUUAGCUUUAUGUACUGAUAGUUAUGUAACAAUAGAUAUAUUCGGUAUGUAAUUAAUUAAAAAGGAAGAAAAUAAAUUAUUCUGGAUAUGUACU